UCAAUCGCCCUGUGGAAAACUUGCCCAGUACCUAGUAUCAACAAGCGAUGAUACACACAUCGGGAAAGUCCUACGAGAACUAGGCUAGCCAACUACCAGAAAUGAUUAGGCAGUGCACGUCUUCAAGAAUGGAAUGUUUUUCUGUCGCAUGUUAGUGUUGUAGAACUGGAUACUUUUUAAAGCGUGUGCAUACAGGAAUGUACUGUUUUUGGGCGGAGACUAACAACAACCGUAAUGUAAUUUGUAUUUCAGCUAUGAACUUCAGGUUUCUAGCACAAAUGCAUUGCAUUAAACAACGCUAUGUCUCGUACUUCUGGCCAUGAUGGAUUUUUGUUCUUGGGAUAAAAGUAUCACAAAGAAAAGGAGCGGAAUGUAGCUCGCCAUAUCCCUGAAUAGGUGUUUUCGCCGUAUGUAGAACCGACGAGAAUUGUCUCUAAGAUACAGUGGUGCGCAACUGUAACACAAGGAUCGCAUUCUUUUUGGAAACAGCGUUUCAUCGAGGAAUAUUCGCGGACCCAUUGUUACCCAGCCCGUUUAAAAAAUGUUCAUCGCAGCAUAGCAGUUUGUUUUCGAUUUGAACAUCAACAGGGCUGUUUUAUUUUCCUCUAUUCGUAUAUUGCAUGAAGUGUUAUUUAUUUAUCAAGCCAGACGGUGAGUAGAUUAAUCCACCCAGCUACUCUAUCAAAAAGUUCCAGUGUGUGUAGGAGCAUAUCGUGAAAUAAUCAUGAGAAACAGCGAGGAGGCAGAGGGCUUUGAUGGCGAGGCCUCCAACACUUCCAUGAUUUCGGGAGCAAGUAGCCCCUACCAGCCUACCACCGAGCCCGUACAAUCAAGGAAUGUUUUGGGGGGCAUUAGGUGUGACAUGGAAUACCUGAAGUCACACUUUGGCGUUUUAAAGGUCGCUGAAGUGGCCCUUGCCCUGAUAGCCUUUAUCAGCAUAGAGACCAUCAUGCUCUGCCUACCCUGUGGCGGGGUCUACUUCUUUGAGUUUGUCAGCUGCAGUGCCUUCGUAGUCACCGGCGUCCUCCUCUUCAUCUUCUGCCUCAACCUGCAUGCCAAAGUGCCCCACGUCAACUGGAGUCUGACGGACCUGGUUAACACUGCAGUCAGUACCUUUUUCUUCUUCCUGGCUUCUGUGGUCUUGGCUGCUCUCAACCACACGUCUGGAGCAGAGAUUGCAGCAGUGAUCUUUGGUUUCCUGGUGACAUGCGUGUACGCUGUAAACACCUUCCUAGCGGUGAAGAGGUGGCGUAUGGGUGACGGGCGCUCGGUGGCAGUCCAGACCAGUGAGUACAUACGUGCCCGAACUGCCUCCCGGGGAGAGAUGGAGGCACGUCCUGACCUUGCCUGAUGGAGGAGACCUGACCUGACCUGGCCUGAUGGAGGAGACCUGACCUGACCUGGCCUGAUGGAGGAGACCUGACCUGACCUGGCCUGAUGGAGGAGACCUGACCUGGCCCCGGACUGAUAUUCCAUGCCUUAUCUGCCACUAAUCCCCGGUGAUAUACCCAAUCACUGUAGCCACUCCUCAUGGAGGAGUUGUGUAGCCUUUUUACUGGGGUUCUUCCUCUGGGUCAGAGCCCCGUCCUCUAAAGAGUCUCAACACACAGGCUGACUCAGAAGUCUACUUCUCUGAUCGCCGUUGACGUCAUCGCUCCUCAAGAGCAUUGGCUCUAAACAUUUGACAUGAAUAGUGUUUCACGUUUUGAAUUCAGCGUGGUUUGAAAUCUUGCUCCAUUGUUUUGUAAAUACUCUUGACUGUGUUACUUAGUCAUUCAUAAACUUAAGUACAUUAGUACAUGUAUCACUAUCUGGAUAUGAAAUGAUUUUGUAACACUAUAGAUCUGACACUGAGAUGAGACCAAAAACAAUACAUUCAGUUGAUUUUAUUUCUUAAAGAAUUGGAACCAUGAUGGCAGUUUAACUGGUUAUUAUCUGGUCUUUUGAACUGGGAUACUCCAGAAAAACAUUCCUAACACUGGUCGGUUUCAAAAUGUCAUGACCUUUUUGUUAAUUCGCUCUCUGUAGAUGUCAAUAAUAAUAUAAAUGAUUUUUUUUAUGUAGUUGAUCUGAGUGCUAUUUGUAAAUGUUUCAAGAGUAGAAAUAUGACGUUUAUAGGUGUUAUACCUAUAGUAUAUUUGGCAUCGUGAGUGUUAGAAAACAGGCACAAUGGCACGGUACUUCACUAAGUUGUGCAUGUUUUGAUAGUUGAAAAGAAUACUGAUAAACAGGUGCUGGUUGAGGUUAUAGCACGUCUCAGGUAUUGGCUGACUCAUGAUUUCUCUUAUUUUCUUGUUAAUAUAUUUUUACUGCCUUUAUUAAAUCAAUAUACAGGGUGCCACAACCUUAAUAUAUGUGACAACAUCUAUAGCAUUUUUUUUUUUUUAUGUUGUCUCAAUAAUUGGUUCCAUGGCAAGUUUUACUGAAAUUAUUUCUGAUAAAUGUGAUCUUUUUCAUUUUAUACAGCAUAUUUUAUCACAUUGUAUCUCAUCAAACACAGUCUAAGUUUUUUUAUUUACUAGUUCUACACUUCUUUUUUUGUUGGUACAAAAUAAAUCUACCAAGGGACACUGAAAUAUCACAGUUAUGGGCUACGCCUAAAUCUGCUCAUUUGUGUUUGUGUCUGGAUGGAUUUUUUAAAAUGUUGAUUUAUGUUUUGGUGUUUGUACAUUUAAAAAUGUAUGAUUUUGUCUUUAUUUACAAAAUAUUAUCCUUCUGGUUAGUGAUGGUCAAACAAGGCUUCAUUAGUGUUAUUGUAGCAGCAGGAUAUUAUGCUGGCAGCACUCAGAUUUGUCACAAUAAAAGCCAUCAUUAAAAUUUAUAAGGCAAUAUAGUUGAUGGUUGAUGGUUGCUAGUAUAACAUCCUGCUGCUAGAAGAACGGCAAUGAAGCCUUGUAUGGCCAUCACUACUUCUGGUUGUUCUGUAUUCUUUGGACCUUGCUUGUUAUAUGUAUAUCUGGAUGACGGUAAGGAAAUCAAGGUAACAGGUCAUGGUGGAUGCCUUAUAUGGACUGAAGUGCACCCUCUCUUGGUUGUGGAACAGUUAUCUUAAACCUGUUUUAAAAGGUAACAUCUUUGUUCAUAUCAUCAUAUUUUGAGUUUGUAAGGGAUAAGACUUUCUUGACAGUCUAACUGAAUGAAUUACUUAUUGGCCAGGUAACAUUUCAGAUUUUUUAUGAAUUGACCUUUACUGUUGAUUGAAGUGUGUGUGUGUGUGUGUGUGUGUGUGUGGCAGGGGGUGUUGUUGUGUGAAGAAUAGACAAUCAAAUGCUAUUGUUUAUGUCUAUAUUCAAUGAAGGACUGGGUUGGUUGUUUUAAAGUGUGGUGGAUUUUGCCUUGCCCUCACGGUGGGUCAAUACACUUCCUUUAUCCACCAAUGAAGUAUGCUGGACCUUGCAGAAAUCGACCAUAGGAUUGGAUUUGUAAUUCUGGCUUCACCUGGUAGUUCAAUUAUAUGACUAUAAUAAAACAAUACAAGCUCAGGCGCAAUGAAGGGAGUAACAAUCUAGAGCAAUUUGAAAAUAGAACCUAUUUUGAACUUGGUGUAAAUUACUGUGUAUUACAAUGUAUUGUAAUAUAGCUAAAAAUCUCACCAUCCAUGCUUAAUUCAGAGGUUAUACUUUGUGUCCUGGUUUAAAACCACUCCGUGUCAGAGAUUUCAUGUCUUAAAAUGAAGACUUAACUUAACAUUCUCAAGUCUUUCUUUGGUAUUCUGAAUCAUUCUGUAACUGAUAAAGGCCCUAAGAAGCAGUCCUUUAAAUAUGUAUUUUUGUAUUUAAAUAAUUGUCUGUAGAUUUAACAAAACUAUAGUUUGUGUCAAAAUAAAUUGAUUUACA